AUGACAAACUUGCUGCUACAAGACCCAUUCGCGGUACUUAAGGAGUACCCAGACAAGCUCACGCACAUUUUAGAAAACCCGCUACACACUGGAUGUCUUCAAUUCAGUCCCAGAGGUGAUUACUUAGCGCUAGGUUGCGCUAAUGGUGGUGUCGUGGUCUACGACAUGGACACUCAUCGGCCCAUCCUAUUCUUGGGCAGCAAGAUGGGUGCCCAUAUGAGGUCUGUACAAUCUGUUGCCUGGUCAGAGUGCGGGCGAUUCAUUCUGUCUGCUGGCAGAGAUUGGUCUGUCAAGUUAUGGGACCUGUCUUGCCCCGAGCAACCGCUGAAACAGGUACAAUUGGAAUCUCCCGUGUGGAACUGUCAGUGGAUUGAUUCCAACGCUGGUAGUUGUAUAGCUACUGCAGUGGAAGAAGAGCGGGCAUUUCUGAUCAAUUUUCAGAAUAAUUUAACAAUCAUACCCUUGCUUCCUUCCGAAGAAUUGGAAUCACCCCAAAACCAAGGCUAUGUCCUCACUUCAAGUGUUCACAGCAAGAAUAGGCAAAUAGUAAUUACAGGAACUUCUAAAGGGUGGGUGAACUUUUAUCGUAUCGAUUCUGAGUUGAAAUUUACAUUGAUCAAAAGUCUCAAAAUUGCCAAUUCGAACAUCAAGCAUUUGGUUGUGUCACAGGAUGGUGAAAAACUGGCGAUUAACUCUUCCGACAGAAUCAUCAGACAGUAUUCGUUGAAAAUCCCAGGUGCUAUUGAUACAGUAGAGUUAGAAUCAGAGCACAAAUACCAGGAUGUGAUCAACAGGUUGCAAUGGAAUAGCAUUUUCUUCAGCGGUAAAUCGGCAGAUUACUUAGUGGCAUCCACGAAUGGUUCAUCUGCACAUGAAUUGUACAUGUGGGAGACCAGCUCGGGGACAUUGGUACGUGUGCUUGAGGGCGCAGAGGAAGAACUGAUGGAUAUAGACUGGAAUUUCUACAAUAUGUGCAUUGCUAGUAAUGGGCUAGAGUCCGGAGACGUCUACGUCUGGUCUAUUGUAACUGUGCCUAAAUGGAGUGCGCUGGCACCGGACUUCGAAGAAGUUGAGGAGAACAUAGACUAUCAGGAGAAGGAAGAUGAGUUCGAUCAUGUAGACGAACAGGAACAACAGCAAGAGAUUGACCAAGUCGAAGAAGUGGAGAUCGACCUGCGCACUAGAGAAAGAUACGACGUCAGAGGAAAUGACUUGUUGCUCACAAGAUUCACCAUCCCGACCGAUUAUGAGCGGAUACUGGUUAUGAAAGAGGCUACUGGAGCAGUCGAUGAGAGAAAUGGAGAAAGUUAG